AUGGCACAAAUAAUCCACCACCCAGAUAUAAAGGUGUAUGACGACAUCACCCUGCCAUCAGUUCUCAGUUUGCGCCUACAAAAUGAGAUGCAUGGUCCGGACGAUGAUUGGAGUGGAACGACUGAUCCUGCUAAGCGGAGAAAAAUUCAGAAUCGCCUACAUCAAAGGGCAUGGAGAAGGCGACAGGUGAUGCAACGAAAGCUCGGCGUCGCGGCCAAAGACCCAAGUGCGGACUCGGAGGUUGUGCGGCAGGGUAGUCGAAGCCCUGAUACUUUGUACUCAGAGACGUCAGAGCCACCGAUCAAUCUAUGGCGAUGCUCGGAUGACGUUGAUAAGACCCAGAGGUCUCUCGCUCGCUUCGAGGAUUAUGCUUAUUCGCGAUAUCUGGAAGGGUCUCCGCGAACAGACCUCCUGCUGACGCUCAUCAAAUUCAACGUUUUCAGAGCACUCAUGGCAAAUGAUAAAACCCUUGGGUUUGUUAAUCAGUGGCUUCAGUGUGAGGCUAUUUCACCCUUUUUCCGCUCCCAGGACGGAGCACAAGAAGCCGUACAGACAUGUCCCGCAAAUCUUAGGCCAACCAAUCUACAGCUGAUUGUUGAGCACCAUCCAUGGAUCGAUCUACUGCCCGAUCCAAGGAUGCGUAAUAACAUUCUGCUACUGGGCGAUGAUUAUGACGAUGAACCACUCUGCCACGACGUCGUGGACAAUCGUCACGGCAAACAAUCGGAGAGCCUUAUCGUCUGGGGUGAUCCAUGUGACCCGGACAGCUGGGAGAUCGGCGAAGAUUUUUGCAAAAAGUGGCCUUCGGUUGUGCAAGGCUGUCAUCGUCUAUUCAAAGCAACGAACAACUGGAGGGUUCGACGGGGCGAGCCGAAGCUCUUUCCGGAUACUCUUUGUACUCCCAGAUGA